GCCGCCGGGAGCCCCGGAGCGGCGGGGCCCGAGCGCAGCCAUGGCCGGCACCGGCGGCGGGCCCGCGCUGGAAACCAUCCAGGCGGAUGGGACGGACGGGAAUUGUGUCACGUUUGUGCUGCACGACGAGGAUCACACCCUGGGCAACUCCCUGCGCUACAUGGUCAUGAAGAACCCUGACGUGGAGUUCUGUGGCUACUGCAUCACCCACCCCUCAGAAAGCAAGAUCAACUUCAGGAUCCAGACCAGAGGGACCCUUCCUGCUGUGGAGCCGUUCAGGAAAGGGCUGAACGACCUGAUGGGAGUUUGCCAACACGUGCUCAACACCUUUGAGAGGAGCAUGAAGGAGUUCAGGGCACAGAAGGAGGAGGAGAUGCAGUAGCCUUUGGGAUGUCCAUGGAUGUGUAACCUCUGUGUGUUGAAUUCCCUGUGUCCAAGGGAAGAUUUUUUUUUGGUUGGUUUUUUUUUAUGACUUCGAUGCAAAAUGUAUUUUCUUUAAUAAUAAAGUUUAUUAAUUUAGAUGCUGCAGAGCUGACACUGUGUCCUGCUCAGCACAGGGAUGGAAGGUCAUAGAACAUGGACACAGAUUGCUCCACAGAUUGGGAAAUUUAUGGAAAAUGGGCUGGUCUUGAUAUUCCUCAGUCUCUGUUUUCCUUGAAACCCAUUUGUCUUUAUGAUUUAUUUGCAAAACAUUUACAUUUCAGUGCAAGUUAAGCUAAAAAAUCCACCCCGACACCUGGAAAAUGUUUUAAUUGCAGGUCUUGUCUCUUCUCCCCUUUUCCUCUCUCCAUUUUUUUCCAUGACAAGGUAGGAGGGGGAAAGAAGGAAAAGAGAGGGAAAAGAGAGCCGGAAAAACCAACAAAAAAUGAUCAAAAACUUGGUAAAUACAACUUUUUCUGUAGUUUUUCUGAAAGUUUUGGCAAGAAUGACUGUUGGAAUGGAACCACAUGGAUUCACAGUCACAUGGAAUCACAUGGAUUGGAAUCACAGACUGGUUUGGGUUGGGAGGGACCUUCACUCCCUCUCACGGCACCCUUGCCGUGGCAGGGACACCUUCCACUAUCCCAGGUUGCUCCAAGCUUUGUCCAACCUGGCCUUGAAAAUUGCUGGAAAAUCACCUGGGGAAUGAAUUAUUGCCAAUAAUAAAUCUGAGGAAGCUCUUUCUCAUA